UAGAGGGCGUUUGUCAUUUCACCGAUUUUGUGCGGGACAUUUGAUAAUACCAGCACGAAGGAUUCUUCACCCUUUUUGUUUCAUAAUUCGUCAGAUGGUCAGACAGACAUGAAGAAAAGUAAGAGGACGGCAUGCACUCGAAAUUUAAAGUGACAUCAAUGACAGGGGCCUUCAUGUAUGAGCUAAUUUUUCUCAACUUUUUCUUCUGGCGGAUGGUCUAACCUGUUCUAAAAUGUUGAGAAGCCUGGCACCCAGUCGUCUUGCCCAGCCUGACCGGCAGAGGAGCAAAAGAAAGAAUGCCACUCAAGGGGAGGCUAAUGCUCAUGGCAAGGCUGAAUCUCACAAAAAGUCUAGAGUCUCGGUCGGAGACGCCUCCGAGACACUAUCACCUCCCAGUUCCGGGUUCACAUCCAUCAUGCGGAGACCACUGAACAUGCUGAGCAAUGUCAGUGCCAAUCCCGGAAGAUCUUCCCAUGAGGAGAUGAUCAGGAGCAUCCUGUCCCGUCCUUUCAAGGUUCCAAUCCCUAAUUAUAAAGGACCUUCACUUGCCUCCAGGGGCCUCGGAAUCCGACGUCAGGGUGUCCGGCAACCCCUCCAUGACCCGGCGGAGGAGGGCGCCCUCGUGCUCUACGCACCCGAGCCGCUGUCGGCACAGGAGCAGCUGACCCUUGACAGAGACAAAAUGGAAGUCCAUGUUGUCGUUGACCCAUUGCUGUCAAAAGUGCUUCGUCCUCAUCAGAGGGAGGGUGUCAAAUUUCUGUGGGAUUGCGUAACUGGCAGACGCAUCGCCGGCAGCUAUGGUUGCAUCAUGGCAGAUGAAAUGGGCCUUGGUAAGACUCUUCAGUGCAUAACGCUCACCUGGACUCUGUUGAGACAAAGCCCAGACGCCAAGCCAGAACUGGACAAGGUUGUGAUAGUUGCCCCCUCCAGUCUCGUUAAGAAUUGGCACAACGAGAUAAACAAGUGGCUAGGCAGUAAGCUCAAUGCUUUGGCCAUUGACUCUGGCUCCAAACAAGAAAUCGAUGCCAACCUUGAAUCAUUUCUGAGCCAGACUGGUCGUCGUAUACUCAACCCCAUUCUGAUCAUAUCAUAUGAGACGUUCCGUCUGCAUGCCGGAACUCUUCAUAGGGGCUCUGUCGGGCUCGUGAUCUGUGACGAGGGUCAUCGGUUAAAGAACUCAGAGAAUCAGACUUAUCAGGCUUUGAAUGCCAUGAACGCCAAGCGUCGCGUUCUAUUAUCGGGUACCCCCAUCCAGAAUGACUUGCUAGAGUACUUCAGCCUUGUCCACUUUGUCAACCAGGGAAUCCUGGGGACGGCAUCAGAGUUCAAGAGGAAGUUUGAGUUGCCUAUCCUGAGGGGACGAGAUGCCAGCUCUAGCGACAAGGACAAACAGCGCGGCCAAGAGAAACUGUUGGAGCUUGCAGCAUUGGUCAACAAGUGCAUCAUCCGGCGAACGUCUGCACUACUUACAAAGUACCUCCCCGUCAAGAUUGAGCAAGUCGUCUGCUGCAAACUGACGCCGCUGCAGAGCGCCCUCUAUAAACAGUACGUGGACCGCAAGGUGGCGGACUGCACAGGAGCCCCUACAGGCAAGCCCACCGCAUCCUCCCUGUCGGCCAUCACGCAACUCAAGAAACUCUGCAAUCACCCAGCGCUGGUGCACGACAAGUGUCGUGAUGGAGAGAGCGGCUUUGAAGGUGCCCUUCAGCUCUUCCCAGCUGAUUACAGACCGGGAAGGCUGCAACCAGACCUGUCGGGCAAGAUGCUGGUGCUGGACUACCUCUUGGCAGUCACCCGCACCACCACCAGCAACAAGGUGGUCCUGGUGUCCAACUACACGCAGACCCUGGAUCUCUUUGAGCAGCUGUGCCGGCUCAGGGGCUACAUCUUCGUGCGGCUGGACGGCAGUAUGUCCAUCAAGAAGCGGGCCAAGAUGGUGGACAGAUUCAAUAGUCCUACGAGUCCCGAGUUCAUCUUUAUGCUGAGCAGCAAGGCCGGAGGCUGCGGCCUGAAUCUGAUUGGCGCCAACCGGCUGGUCAUGUUUGACCCGGACUGGAACCCAGCCAACGACGACCAGGCCAUGGCCAGAGUGUGGCGGGAUGGCCAGAAGAAGGAAUGUUUCAUCUACCGGCUGCUGGCUACGGGGACGAUAGAAGAGAAGAUCUUCCAGCGCCAGGCCCACAAGAAGGCUCUGUCCAGCUGCGUGGUGGACAACGAGGAGGAUGUCGAGAGACACUUUUCCCUGGACCAGCUGCGAGACCUGUUCCCCCUCAACGAGGCCACCAUCAGCGAUACCCAUGACAAGAUCAAGUGCCGUCGCUGCGUCAACAACAUCCAGGCACGACCGCCCCUGCCGGACACGGACUGCAACAGCGACCUGGCUCACUGGAACCACUGCGCCGGCAAGCGUGGCAUCACGGACUCCGUGCUGAAGCAGGUCCUGGAGGCCGACAGGGUCUCUUUUGUCUUCCACCACCGAUCGCACGAACAGAUCCAAACUGUCUAGUGCACAGACCAGCAUUUGCUCUUCAGACGUGCGGUGCCUUCCAGUGUUGCGGUCAAAUACUCUCAGAGUACAUUUUUCACCACCAAAUAAUUCUGUUCAUUGCGAACACAGCAAGAGAGACGCAGACAGUAGACGGUGAAUGAAGUUGAAUGGAGACGGAAAAUAUAAACUGGGAAUUUUCAAGUGCAAAUUGUUUUGGGGGGCCAAACAACAUCGAAUAUGUUUAUGUAACCUUUUGUGGCCUUCCUGAGAUGUGAGGCUACAGUUUUUGGGUUUUUUUUGCACAUUUCUCGAAGGGAAAUGAACUAGAUUUAAGAAUGCCUUUCAUUUCCUUUGCUCCCUUUGAGGGAAUCCCCCCCCCACCGGAUCUGCUGAUGGGGAAUUUGGAUACAUAACAAUUCCUUUUACUAAAUUAAGUGACAAAAAUUAAUGACUAUUUUCAGGAAACAUUCCCUGUUCAAGUCUUAAUCUUUACACAAUUCUGAUCGUCCAAAUUCUUUGAUUUCAUUUGAUUAAAUAUUUUCAGAUCAGUAAGUGUAGUAUUCAACUUCAUCCCAACCAACGCACCUCAACAUUUGAAAGUAAAUUCAGUACUUGGAAAUUACUUGACGUGCGACCCUGGUCUUGCCAGUGCUUUAUCUGCCUCAGCUGUGAAAAAUCACAGACUUGCCGAGAAUGGCUGACCAAAGCACUCACUUUCUUUUAGCGACACAAACAAAACAUCUCUGUUCCAUUUCUGUUGAGGAAAUACAGAAAGCCACCCAACACGAGAUCACAACUGACUUCAUGUUGGAAAGAAACAACUCAAAAGGUUGAUUAAACUCUCAAGAAACAGCUUUACUGAUUUGAUCAUUUGUUCUGGAAGAGCUAACCAAAUGGUGACCGAACGAAUUGUUUUGUGUCGAUAUCAAGCACUUUAUUUAUACGUGAUAGUUAUUACUCUGGGGGAAGAGUUAAGUUUUCAAAUCCUAAUCGUCAAAGCUGUAAAAAUUGCCAUAUUUGAUGCCAAAUAACCCUUCAAAUAUAAUGAGCAACAGUACAUUCAUUGUUAAAUUGUGCAACACCGAACUGAGUUGUAAGGUAAAAACAUUCAGUUUUUGUUGUUAAAAGGCAGAUACAUCUAAACCAUGCAUCAGGAAGAAAUACUGUUACCUGAAGUAUCAGUUUUUCCCAGAGUGUACUUCACCAAUUCCAAAGAAUACUGUAAAUUAAAACUUACUGUGUAUAAACUG